UCAUGUCAGCUGACUAAACAAGAUGUAAGCGGGCUGCGUCAUUUCGGACCACUGAAGUCCAAUUUGGCUAAUCUUUGCCUUUUAAUUCACAUGGGUGGAUUAACCAUACUUCUAUGAGUCUUUGUUUGGACUCAGAUUGCUAGCCCCUUCGAUUCCAAGGGGGUUGGAAUUAGCUGUAAAUGGCUAUGAUAGCUAGUGCUUAGUUUUACUGUUUUUCCUCUGUGUUUUUAGACAGUAUUAGUGGAAAUAUGUAUGUGAAGGAAUGUAUCGUGUCUGCUCCUGGAAAGGCUAUUCUUCACGGAGAGCACGCAGUUGUACACGGAAAGGUUGCACUUGCUGUUAGUCUGAAUCUGAGAACAUAUUUGAAGUUGAGAGCCACCAACACUGGUAAAGUUAGCAUUAACCUCCCAAACAUUGACACCUUUCUCUGCUGGGAUGCUUCUGAAUUGAAGCAGCUUAUACAACAUUCAUGUGGGAAGCAGGAGGACGUAAAACGUCUUGAUGCCGAACUUGUGAAGAGACUUCGUGAAUUUGUCGGUGUUGCAGAUGGAAACUUGGAUACAAGCAAUAUGGCCACCUUGGCGUUCCUCUACAGCUACCUUUGUCUGUUUGGAAAAGGGGAGCUGCCAAGCUUGACAAUUUCAGUGUGGUCAGAGCUGCCGACGGGUGCGGGACUGGGCUCGAGUGCCGCCUACUCGGUGUGUUUAGCUGCAGCUCUGCUUUGUGCUAGUGGAGCCAUUUCCAGUCCUCUCAAAGAGUGGGACCACACUGCCAGGUGGUGUCAGGAGGACCUAGAGCUGAUCAACAGCUGGGCCUUCCAAGGCGAGAUGAUCAUCCAUGGUAAUCCUUCCGGAGUAGACAACGCUGUAGGGACAUGGGGAGGCAUGCUGAGGUUCUUGGCCGGGAGGAUAAUACCACUGAGCAGGGUGCCAUUAUUAAGAAUCCUCCUCACUAACACUAAAGUGCCACGUAGCACAAAGUUUCCCACAAUUAUGACCUCUGUGCUCGACUCUGUUGAUGCCAUUUCCUGCACUUGUGAGAAAAUACUCCUAGAGAUGACAUGUGAGCCAAUCACAGGAGAGCACUACAAUGUUUUAGAGGAGCUCAUUGAUAUCAACCAACAUCAUCUGAAUGUAAUGGGGGUGGGACAUCCUGCCCUGGAUACUCUGUGUCGGGUCACGCUCGCGAGGGGUCUACACAGCAAGCUAACAGGCGCAGGUGGAGGGGGCUGUGGCAUCACUCUUCUGAGACCAGAAACGGACACCGCAGUAAUCCAGAGUACAAUUCAGGACUUGAAUGACUGCAACUUUGAUUGCUGGGAAACAAGUAUUGGUGGUCCUGGUGUCCAAAUACAUUCUCCCCGCUCUCUAAAGGAGGACAUUUUAGGGACUUUAAACCGUUUUUGAGACGCCCCUGAGGCCAUGGAUAUGCAAAUGAAGACUUUUUACAUUCAUCAUGAUUUCAGGUAUGCAGUAUGUGCUCAUCUGGGGAAAUAAGCCAAGGGACAUUUUCACAUCAAGUAACUGGACCAGUGUUAAUCGUGCAUCUCGUUCAAUGAUAAACACGUGUAGUAAACUUUGUCCGCCAGAUGGCGAUAGAGUUCUACACAUUCUUUAUAAUGGAGAGUUCUUGACUAAUGUUUGCUGAAGUACAGUAUUGCACUCUUUGAUUUUACACUACUCAACUGAUCAUGUAUGUGACGACUAGAUGAGUUAAACAUUUUCAGAGUUAGCCAAAACCCAAAAUUUUAAUAGUACUUAUUGUGAACCUUGUGUGCAAACACCUGUUUUCCUAACAUCUCUUAGUAUCAAAAACAUUACAAUUAUAAUGCAAAAGCUGCACAUUGGGAAGAUGGAUCUGUUUGCAGUAUUCCAGAUUUGGGGAAAAAAGGUCGUGCCGGGAUUUACGAGUUUUUGAUUUUCCACCCCCCUUAAAUGUCAUGAAGAUUAAGUAGCGCGGCACACGUGAAUAAACGACAUUUGUCACCCUCCCUCUCUUUGCGCCUGGCGCCCCUUCUGUCCCCUUGGAUUGUGUCAUCUUUAUGUUCAGCGAGCAUCACCGCCCCUAAUCUUACGCCCCGCCUCCCCUUGGCAGCACACUGCACAGUUGCCCCUAACCCCUGCUGGAAUUUAAUUACCACUGCGCUUUUCAAUUGAAGCGGCAUUGACAAGAGAGAGGGGGCAAGAACGAGACAACAGAGACUGUUUCAUUUGAAGCGCCUCUCUCUUUACGCUUUAAUUCUCAAUCAUUUUUUUUUUUCUUCAAUGAGCCACCGAUUUUUUUUUUUUUUUUAAUCAAUGUCAGCGCUUGCUUAUUUUUGCUUUGAUCAAUAGAAUCUAAGAAAGCUAGAACAUUAUUUCAGUUAACAGGAAAUUGAGCAAAAUGAGCCAAGAAGAGAGGAGAAAAAUGCAGUUUUGUGCGGACAGAUCCGAAUUAAAGUGCAUACGACACGAGAAAAAAAGUCUUUUGAUUGAUUGAUUUUUAUUUCGAGCAAUAACAACAACAAAAAACAAGUAUGGAAUAAAAAAUAAAAUAAAAAUAAAACAGUAAUGAUGAUUGUAACAAAAAUAAUAACAAUACAUACACGUGUAGCUCGAAAAGGAGUGGGAAGAAGCCGAGCUUUUUUGUGUCCCACCCCCAUUUCACUUCAAAAAUUCCAUGGAAAUGCAGUCACUUCCCUACAACAACUGUACUAAUCAUAAUGAUUACAUCAAUAAUAAUAACAAUAGUUGCAGUGUAUAUAUGUAUAUGUAUAUAUCAGGGGUCGCGUUAACCGGAUAUUUUCCGUCGUUGACCGUUUUUUUAAAACGGUGACGGAAAAAACUGAAAUCCGUCCGUCAUUUUGACAGGUUGCAAUUCACACCCCAGACCACAGGGUGGCGAGUCAGCAUAUUAGCUAUUGUCUCUCUUAAUGCAUGACGUCGUUGGCUCUUCUGUCAGAAUAUUGUAGCGUCACCGGGGUCCGGCGGCGGCACCGUGAUUGACACAUCAACGCGCGGUGUGCCAGCGCGUCAUCCAAUCACCCAAUCACAUGACGUCACAACUCCGCCCCCCUGACCGGAGCCGCCAUAUUGUGUGUCAGCUCGUGAUAUUUACACAUUACCGCUACGUACAUGCCUCCUAUUACGGCGUGUUUUUCUGCUCGUUAAUAUUAAUAAUCAAAAUGGUGAAGAUGAGAGCGAGAUGGACUGCUGUAAUUCGACAAGAAGUCUGGGCACCAAACGAUCACCACAGACUAUGUAGUAGUCUUUUUAUAUCUGGUAAGAUGCAUUUAAUAUAUAUUUAGAAGAUUUUGGGCUGACAACCACAAUUAAGAUCAUUGUGUGACGUUGGUGAUUGGGGUCUAUAUCGUUGCCUCUUUUUCUUUGGGGGCGGAGUUGUUGGUAAGCAGAGUAAAAAGGGAGAAAAAUACCACGACUUCCGUGUCUAAUUUUUCGCCGCCAAGCAAGUGUUACAAUAUUAAUUAAAAAUGAAUGAAAACUAAAUACUAUUGAAUAUGUCAUCAUUAUCAUUUAAAAAAUUUAAGUGACGGGUAAAAAUAGACUAUGACCGGAUUUUUAUGACCCUGUCAGUCAAAAUGACAGACAACGAAAAUGUCUAGCGCAACCUCUGGUGUAUAUAUAUAUAUAUACACACACGCACACACACAUCACUAAUAAUACAUAUGAGUAACUAUUACAUAUGUACUAAAUAUUAUACAUAAAACAUGUAAUAUUUCUACAUAUACCCAAGACAUUUAAAGACCUCUUUCUGUAUAUCGUGACCAGACCUGAUGUUUAUACAGCAAUUUGACACUGCUUAUAAUGUAAUCCCAAACUGUUCCAGAGUUUUACCCCACAUACAGACACCCAGAAUCCUUUAAGAGUAGUACGAAAUUUUGGUCGUGAAAAGUUGGCAAAUCUUCUCAAAUUAUGAGAUUGCUCUUGCACUGUAAAAAGACAUUGUAAAUUGAGGGGUAAUAACUUAUGAAAUGCUUUAAAUAAAAAUAUUGAUGUGUUGUAUUUUACAAGAUCAUUACAUUUUAACAGUUUUGAUUGAGUAAAUCAUGAGCGUGAUCUAAAAAACCCACUUUGUGUAUAAUCCGAAUUGCUACUUCUGUAACUAAUGGAUAUAAUGCACUUUGUUAAGUGUUCCCCCAUACUUCGACACAAUAUGAAAAGUAUGGGAGUACCAAAGUGCAGUAUAAAAUCCAAAGUGCAUUUACAUCAAGGUAUUGUUUUUCUUUAUUUAUGAUUGACAGACAUUUGGAGAUUUUGUUUUUCGUUUAAUCUGAUGUGGGGUCUCCAUGACAGCUUAUUAUCAGUUGUAACACCAAGAAAUUUAGUUUCAUUUACAUUUUCAAUUGGUAGACCUUCAAUUAUUAUUUUCAACUCUGAAUUAGCUAUUUGAUUACCAAAUAAUAUUGCCUUUGUUUUCUUAAUAUUGAGGGAUUAUUUAUUUAUAUCCAUCCACUUCUUUAUGGCUUUUAGUUCCUUAUUCACGGUAGUUACUAGCUCGCUAUAAUUAUCACUACUAUAGAAUAUGUUGGUGUCGUCAGCAAAUAAAAUAAGUUUUAAAUGCACUGGAUACGUGGAAGAUAUCGUUCAUAUACACAAUGAAAAGUUUUGGUCCCAACACAGACCCUUGAGGGACACCACAGCUAAUGUGAAGUGUGCCAGAUAUGUUCUCGUCCAUCUUAACAUAUUGUAUCCAUUUUGAUAAAUAGCUUUUCACCCGAGUCCCUAGCCACACACACACACCCCAAAUUUACUUGUAAAAUUGAGGGGAAAUUAUUGUACCUGUUUAUAACGCGCACCCUAAUUUUAGCACCAAUAAAUAGAAGAAUAUAAGAAAACAGUGCUCAUGUACAGAUACAGAAAUGUCAUUUUACUGACUGGUGAAACACAGCACAAGCAUGGCACAUUGGUAGUUCAAAACAUUACCAUAAACGGACAAUAUUUACGGUAAUAUUAUGACAACUUCUCCAACUUACCAGAAUCUAGGAGAAAACAAAACAGAUGUGACUUUUCUUUUAAAGGCUAUUGUAUAACUUGCUCGUUUCAUCAUGAUGAAUAAAUGUUUCUUCCAUGGAUUGAUACGGUAAAAUGAAAGUUAGAACGUAAGUCGGAAAUCCGUGAGAGCUCAUCGCUGUCAACACGUCAGUAACAAUAGGAACUAUUGUUAUUGUUGUUGUCGAUUUUCUACGCUGAUCGGCAAACCGCCCGGCGGAGAGCAAUUUACAGCUCGUUCCCCUGCUAAUACGGACAGGAGAGCUCGCCAAGGAAGCAGCUGGACAAUGACCGCUGAACAUUUACAUGCCAAUCCAUGAUCAAACGUAAGUAGUCCUUUAUUUAAAGAAAGUUUACUUUGUAAUCACUGUAUUCGCGACUAUUUUUUAACCCAAAGUUGCAAUUUCUUAUCGGUCGUAAAAUUUGACAGAACACCGGGCACUUGAAGAUGGGAAUAAGCCGAGUAUACUUGCAGUGCUCUCCCGGCAGGGGGGAUGUGCGACAAGCCGCCGUUCGUCGGCCGAAGGGACAAGGAGCAUGUCACAAAAUGCAAGCCACCUACAUAUUAAAAUGAUCCCAGUACUUGCCAUAAUACAAAACACGAUGUUUACUCACUUCCUCAUAAGUCCCAUGGUCCCACAGUAGCAGGGCUUGUUUUGGCCAAUAUCCACCGGUGAAUGGGAACCUUUUGAAACCCCAAAAAGGCGCACAUGCCUCUCCCUCCUACAGCAAGAUUUUUCUGCAGCCAUUGGGCUGGCGUGAUGCGAAAAAUAAACGUAUUAAUCCGCAAAAUCUGCUGAAUCCUUAGUCCUUGUCGUCAGUGUUGUCAGUAACGCGUUACUGUAAUCUGAUUACUUUUUUCAGUAACGAGUAAUCUAAUGCGUUCAUUUUUCUACACCAGUAAUCUGAUUAAAGUUAAUUUCCUUAGUGUCUCUGCGUUACUAUUUUUCAUUGCCUCAUAACUUAUGUAGAAUGAAGAAUAUUGUAGUCAUGUACGAAGAGCAUUUUGAAUAGAAAAUGCUAAAAUAAAAGGUUCCCGGUACGUGUUUCCAUGACAACCUCUUAGCCAUUUCCUGUUUUGGUCUCGCGUCACGUGUUGUGGGACUGAGGUGGGUGGACAUUCGCGCCGAGUAUUGAGACGUUGUGAGGGAAUGUUGAUCUGUGGAUAUCCAUGAAUGAAGGUGAGUAUUUUUCCUUCAUUCUGGAGGGUAUCAGCAAAAGGUUGGACCCCUUACAUGCGCGGCCGUUUCGUAGCUUUGCCGUAGCAACGACAGGCAGUCAUCGCUCCAAGUUAGCAAGCUUUGUUUACAUCAUAUGCGUGUUGCACAUUCAUGCCGUGAGGUGAUGUGUUCGUUUAGCAUCUGUGGGAUGUUUUGUAAGUCCGACUGAGUGUAAAAUGCUUAGUUGCCGCCACGAUUUGUGGCCAAAUUGACCGCGUGUGUUGAGAGGAGUACUUCCGGGUUGUUAAUGUGCACGGCUGCACGCGCAUCCGCGCCCGCCACCACCUUUGUGUUUAUUGCACUGUACAAUCCACUUGUGUGUUGUUGAUUAUUGUGCCGUCGGUUUGCAUUGUUUUACAUUGGCACUGAUAUGCUGUUAAUCAUAACCCGAAAUUCAGAUGUUUUGACUUUAGGCUUAAUCUUAGAGUCAGCGGGGUUUAAUUGGUCGGUGGAGUUGAUUUUAAAAAAUUCCAAGCAGUUUGUCUGAUAUUUGUUAGUUUCAGGGCUCCGGAGUGGCUAAGCUCGCGCGAAAUUCUGAUAUUCCCCUUUAAAUUCAAUCAUCGGAAAGUCAAUUACAUGUGAUGACAUUUUUCUGUUGUCAUUCUUAUUUUGAGGCGGCAAAGGGAGAAAAAUGGGUAAAAAGUAACGAUGGAUUACUUUUAAAGUAACUUAGUUACUUUGAUAAAGAAGUAAUCAGUAAAGUAACUAGAUUACUUUUUUGAGGCGUAAUCAGUAAUCAGUAUUUAAAUUACUUUUUCAAGUAAUCUGUGUCAACACUGCUUGUCAUACAACGGUACGGCUGUAUAGUGAAGAGGACUCCUUCUUCUGUUUAUGUCACAGCGCCCUCUUUCUCAACUCAAGACAGUUGCCGGAAAUCGCUCAUUUUCAUGGUGCGGGAUUAAAAAAACUAAAUAAAUAUAGCGAUCGCUUCCACACACAUUCAAGUGGUCCAUAGGGUUGUUCCGAUCAUGUUUUUUUGCUCCCGAUCCGAUCCCGAUCGUUUUAGUUUGAGUAUCUGCCGAUCCCGAUAUUUCCCGAUCCGAUUGCUUUUUUUUUUUUUUGCUCCCGAUUCAAUUCCAAUCAUUCCCGAUAAUUUUUCCCGAUCAUAUACAUUUUGGCAAUGCCUUAAGAAAAAAAGGAAUAAAACGAAUAUAUACAUUCAACAAACAGUACAUACGUAAGUACUGUAUUUGUUUAUCAUGACAAUAAAUCCUCAAGAUGGCAUUUUCAUUAUUAACAUUCUUUCUGUGAGAUGGAUCCACGGAUAGAAAGACUUGUAAUUCUUAAAGGAUAAAUGUGACUUUGUACAUUGUGACUAAAUAUUGCCAUCUAGUGUAUUUGUUGAGCUUUCAGUAAAUGAUACUGCAGCCAUUUAACUUCUGCCCAAAUGCAUGAUGGGAAGUGCAACCAUGACUGUGCGUAGAGGCACCAAUUGAUAUAUCUUCUCUGCGUUGGGAAAGAACAUAGGGUGUUAAGAAAAAGAUCAACUACUACCUUUCUUCCCCACAUUGCCUCCCACGUUAUUUUUAAUUGCUGAGAGAGGUAUUGUAAGGCUUUAGCCACAUAAAAAAUGGCUCCAAAGGCUGUCAAAAUUCUCUCUACUCAUUAUACGCUGCCUUUUAGCGCUAUCUAUAGGUAAAACGGCGUCUUUAUAGAUCGAACGCGACAAUGCGUGAGUGGGUCGUGCAGCGCAUGCGUUAAUUAUUUAACGUGAACAAUUAAAAAAAAUUAAUUACCGCCGUUAACCCAAUAAACUUGAUAGCCCUACUUUAAGCCAAAACUACUCUGGAUGAGUGUAAGACAUUUUGUCUGUAACGGUAAAUACAAUUAGAAAACGAUUUAAAUAAAAACUAUAUAUAUAUAUAUAUAUAUUAAAAAAAAAGGCAUGUCCGAUAUUUUUUUGCCGAUUCCGAUACUUUG